CAUACAGGAAAUCUAUUGCUGUGUCAAGUUCCAGAGAAAAGCCUCUGUUCUUCCAAGUUACUAAUCAGGCUAAACUACAUAGACGUGAAGGAGGGAGCUAGAAGGAAGGGAGUGCCGCGCUGUUUGAUGGGCUAAGAGGAUUCUGUACGGAGAAGUUGACCAGAAAGGGUCUCACCAUGCUCACAGCUCUUUCUGUACCUGUGUGCAGGAAAAUUACUGAGUGAAGGGCAGAAAGAGAGAAAACAGAAAUGCUCUGUCCUUGGAGAACUGCUAACCUAGGGCUACUGUUGAUUUUGACUGUCUUCUUAGUGACUGAAUGCAUACAUUCAGAAGCGGAAGGUGCUGCUCGACCAAACAAUUCAUUAAUACUGCAGAAUAGCAAGGAGAAUCUCACUUUAGAUUUUCUAGCUUCAAGCAGUUCAUGUAUGGAUGGAACACAGAUUACACAGAACAAUUCAGCAUUUCCCACAGAAGUAAAUAUUUCAUGGCCUAUACUGAUGGGUAAAAAUGCUGUGCUUUGCUGCCCUAUCACAUUAAAAUAUUUGAUCAUAACAUGGGAAAUAAUCCUGAAAGACCAGCCUUCCUGUAAAAAAGCCUACAAGAAAGAAACAAAUGAGACCAAGGAAACCAACUGUACUGAUGAGAGAAUAACCUGGGUCUCUAGACCUGAUCAGAAUUUGGACCUUCAGAUUCGUCCAGUGGCCAUCACUCACGACGGGUAUUACAGAUGCAUAAUGGGCGCACCUGGUGGGAAUUUCUAUCAUGGAUAUCACCUCGAAGUGUUAGUUACUCCUGAAGUGACCCUGUUUCAAAGUAGGAAUGGAACUGUAGUAUGCAAGGCAGUUGCAGGGAAGCCAGCUGCACAGAUCUCCUGGAUCCCAGAGGGGGAUUGUGUCACUGAGCAAAAAUGCUGGAACAAUGGUACAGUGACUGUUAAGAGUGCAUGCCACUGGGAGGGCCACAAUGUGUCUACCGUGACCUGCCGUGUCUCCCAUUUGACUGGCAACAGGAGUCUGGACAUAGAGCUACUUCCUGUUGCAGGUGCCAAAAAAUCGGCAAAAUUAUAUAUUCCAUAUAUCAUCCUUGCUAUUAUUUUGAUCAUCGUGGGAUUCAUUUUUUUAUUGAAAAUCAGUGGCUGCAGAAAAUAUAAGUGGAAUAAAACAGAAGCUACUCCAGUUGUUGAGGAGGAUGAAAUGCAGCCCUAUGCAAGCUACACAGAGAAAAACAAUCCUCUCUAUGAUACUACAAACAAGGUGAAGGUAUCUCAGGCAUUACAAAGUGAAGCUGGCACAAGCCUCCAUGCUUUAUAAUUUGUUGGACUCUUGCACCAAACAACAACAACAACACACAAGAUACAUUUUAAUUACUGUCUGAUUUUCUUACAGUUCCAGAAUGAAGACUUAUAUUGAAAUUAGGUUUUCCAAGGUUCUUAGAAGACAUUUUAAUGAAUUUUCAUUUAUACCCUUGUAUAAUUGGAGUUUUAGAUUCUUAGCUACCAGCUAGUUCUCUGAAGAACUGAUAUUACAAAGAAAAUACAUGCUCAUGACCAGAUAUUCAAAUUUUGCAGGACAGUAAAUAAUGAAAACCAAAUUUCCUCCAGAAAUAACUGAAGAAGGAACAAUCAUGAACAGUUUCUUGUGUAUCCUUUCAGAAUAUUUUUAUGUACAUAUGACAUGUCUAUAUGCCUAUGGUAUAUGUGUCCAUUUAUAUGUCUAUUUAUGUAUACAUACAGAUAUCUUUGUCAAGGCACCAGUGGGAACAAUACACUGCAAUACUGUUCUAUACAUAUGAAAACCAAAUAAUAUAAGUCUUAGAGAUCAUUUUAUAUCAUGACAAGUAGAGCUACCUCAUUCUUUUUAAUGGCUAUAUAAAAUUCCAUUGUAUAGUUAUAUUAUUAUUUAAUUAAACACAACUCUAAUGAUGGACAUUUAGAUUCUUUUAGGUUUUGUUCAUUUCUUUUAAGUUUUGUUUGUGGCAUAAACACCACCACAUAGAAUGUUUCUUGUGACUAUGUCUCUUUUUGUUUGAGUAUAUCUGUAGGAUAAUUUUCUUAAGUGGAAUUGUCAUGUCAAAGGGUUUAUAAAUUUUAGCAUUGACAUAUAUGUCAAAUUGUGUCAAAUACAUAUGUCAAAUUCCCUGCAACAUUGUUUAAAUGUGCCCUUCUUUAAAUUUCUAUUUUAAUAUCUGUAAGAUUCCUGCUUCUACAGUUGCUUUUUCUUUUUAAUCAACCAGAUUAAAUAUGAUGUGAGAUUAUAAUAAGAAUUAUACUAUUUAAUAAAAAUG